AUGCCACCGCUAGGACAGGCGUGCUCACUACCAGGUGCACAAUGGGGCGCCUGGAGGCAGCACGUGCUUCGCAGCGGCCCUUCCUGGCUGUUCGUCCUGGUGACUCUCACGCAUGUUUUGUGCUGCCGUGUAAGUGAGAUACUUGCACUGCGACGCAUGGACUUCGAUCUGCGCCACCGACGUGCGCGCAUCUGUCCACUGAAGCGGCGACCGGAGGUCCGAAAAUGGUUGCUGGCUAAAGCGCUGCAGGUGAUCAAGAACUUCCAGAAGAAUGGAGUCAAGCGCUGGAGGACAAAAACUAUGGGCAUGCGAGGACAGGAGCGCAUCUGCGAUCACUGGAAGUGGCCAUCACGCGCCAGUGGCUUUUUGUUCCCAUCCAAGUACAAGCCGGGAAGACCCAUGUCCAAGGAUGUCGUCUCCCAUGCCAUCGUAAAGGCACGUCGUUCCUUCAACCUGCCAUGUGUGAACACAGAAUCCAUCAGGAGCCACUCCGGCAGGCACAGGUUCAUCAACGAUAUGAAAAUGUGCAAUGUUCCGUGUGAAGCCGGGAUGCUUCAAUCGCGGAUCAAAGACUUCAAGACUUACCAGUCCUACGGCAAGCCCAAUGAAGAGCAGGUGGCUAGGACUCUCGACAAGAACCGCUCCCUGAAGCGCACCAUGGAAACGGUCUACCAAGGCAAGCGGUAA